CUCCGUAGCCUCCAGAUCGUGGUGUUGCAGAAAUCCAGCUUUCGAACGGUAGACGUGCGUGCGGCUGGCCUCUCGGGUUAUUAGUGGCGGCUUCUAAGGACGGGGACGAGGGACGAGGUUCAGUCGGUGUCGGUGCCAGUCGAUCAGGUUACUAGCCUCCGACUGGUAACUGCUGGACACCAUUUGGGUCUGGGUGCUCUUGACUGUAAGGUCCUCACGUAUUUACCGAAGAACUGAUUCGUGGGGGCAGGUGAGGGCCGAGGGGCCUUUCUGCGUGGGGAUGGCCAGGCCGGGCCGCCUGGAGACUCGGCAGUAGAAUCUCGUCCUGGAGAGCUGUGUCUCCCCUCCGUUUCUGCUCCAGGAGCUGCUUCGGAGUUACUCUGCUUCAGCCAUGUCGCCGGCUCCAGGUGCAGGCCUGGCUCCUGCCUCGGUCUCCCUGUUGGACCUCAGCGCGGAAGCCCCACUCGUUCGGGGCCUGAGCCUGGUGAGCCAAGCACCCGCGGAGGCUCUGGCCGGGGCGUCGCAUACUCCCUGUCCAGGAGAGAGCACACUGUCAGGAAGAAAAGUAUCCCCAUGUUCUCUGGAUAUUUCAGAGAAAUUAUUUUGUUCAGCCUGUGACCAGAUCUUCCAGAACCACCAGGAACAGAGAGAGCAUUAUAAACUUGAUUGGCAUCGCUUUAACCUAAAACAACGUCUCAAGAACAAGCCUCCCUUGUCUGCUUCGGACUUUGAAAAGCAGAGCUCCACAGGAGAUCUUUCCAGCAUCUCGGGAUCCGAAGACUCAGACUCCUCUAGCGAGGAGGACUUGCUGACGCAGGAUGAGGGGAGGGCGGAGUUUGAAAAACCUAACCGACCCCGAGGAUUCUACCCACAUCGGGUCCUUUUCAAAAACGCCCAAGGCCAGUUUCUGUAUGCCUAUCGCUGUGUCCUAGGCCCUCACCAGAUUCCCCCAGAAAAAGCGGAGUUGCUGCUACAGAGCCUGCAAAGUGGAGGUCCCAGGUACUACGUGGUGCUCAUGGCUGCGGCUGGGCAUUUUGCUGGUGCCAUUUUUCAAGGAAGAGAAGUGGUGACACACAAAACCUUUCACCGUUACACCGUGCGGGCCAAGAGGGGCACAGCCCAGGGGCUUCGGGAUGCCCAGGGGAGGCCGUCACGGUCUGCUGGAGCCAACUUGAGGCGUUACAAUGAAGCCAUGCUGUAUAAGGAUGUUCGUGACCUGCUAGCAGGGCCAGCCUGGGCUAAAGCACUGGGGGAGGCAGACAUAAUACUGCUACGUGCCCCACGCUCUGGCCGGUCCUUGUUCUUUGGAGGCCAGGGGGCACCCUUGCAAAAGGAUGAUUCCAGACUUUGGGAUAUCCCCCUCACCACCCGAAGACCCACUUUUGGAGAGCUUCAGCGUGUGCUUCAUAAGCUGACAACCUUGCAGGUGUAUGAUGAAGACCCUCGAGAAAUGGUCAGAUUUCAUUCACCUGAGAAACACUGGAAGCCAGUGAGAGAGGAGAGGAAAAAGGCUGCUGAUAAAGAAAAAACAAAGGUCCCCAGUGAUGAAAAUAAGGCACUUGGGCAGGAUGAAGAAUCACUCAAACAAGGUUCAGAGUCUCAGGAAGAAGAUGGCUCCCAAGUAGAGUUGGAGCUAGUAGAAUUGACACUGGGGACCCUGGAUCUUCGUGAAUUUGAGGUGUUGCCCAAGCGGAGGAGGAGGAAAAAGAAGAAGGAGAGAAGUCAAGGCCAGCAGUGUGAGACACACGUGACUCUUCUUCAGCAAUCUCGAGACGGGCCCCUCUCACAGGCAGACCAAGUGGUUACAGCCAAAGCCCCUGACCAGCCAGAGCUCUGGGACAUGCUUCUGUCGGCUUGCCGAGCUGGGGAAGUUGAGGUGCUAAAGCUCCAGCUCGCUACUGGGCCUGUCGACCCUGGAGUUAGGUCCCUACUCAAUGCCCCUUUGGGCUCUGGUGGCUUUACUCUCCUGCAUGCAGCGGCUGCAGCCGGAAGAGGCUUAGUAGUCCGUCUUCUGUUGGAGGCAGGUGCUGACCCUACUAUACAGGACUCUAGGGCUCGGCCACCUUAUACUGUGGCAGCUGACAAAUCCACACGGAAUGAAUUCCGAAGGUUCAUGGAGAAGAAUCUUGAUGCCUAUGAUUACAACAAGGCUCGGGUGCCAGGGCCACUGACUCAAGAAAUGGAGGCCCGCCAGGCCGCAAAGAAGAAGGAGCAGAAGGCAGCCCGCCGGCAGCGGGAGCAGCAGCAGCAGCAGCAGAGGGAGCAGGAAGAGCAGGAGCAGGAAGAGCGGCGGCGAUUUGCUGCCCUCAGUGACCGAGAGAAGAGAGCCCUGGCUGCAGAACGCCGACUCGCUGCCCAGUUGGGAGCCCCUAGCCCUCCAGUUCCUGACUCUGCGGCUGUCAAUGCUGGACGCUGUUGGGGUUGUGGCGUGUCCCUCCAAGGCCUCGUUCCCUUUCACUACCUCGACUUCUCUUUCUGCUCCACACGUUGCCUCCGAGACCAUCGAAGUCAGGCAGGGAGGCCUUCUUCCUGAUUUCUUAUACCAUCUGGGGCCAACUCGAGGCCCUGAGAGGACACAUUCAGACCUAGAGUUUCUCUUCCUCCUCAUGAAGCUCGAGAUUAUGUGGAAGAUGGGGGUGAAGGACUCAGGAACAAGGGCAGGGCAGGGCCACAGAGGUGCGUGGAGCAGCACUGUCUUUGGAAUUUUAAUCACAAUAAAGUUUGGCAAGAAAACUGUA